AUGAAUCGUCAGGUUUCCUACAACGGACCCCUAGUACCAUCUUCAUUUCCUGCCCGAAAGUCACAAAUUUGCACUUUCCCUUUUCCUCGGACUUUCCAACCUUGCAAUUCCACUUCUUCAAUUCCAUCUGGCCCUUUAAAUCAUCCCCUGCCCCCAAAACCUCCCUCUUCCAAGUAUUUUUUCCAUGCAUACACUCCACCUGACCGUGAUCUUCGGAUCCCGCCCGCCAACACCACGUCAGAACGCAUUAAUCGUGGUGGGUGCAUUUCCGUCAACGAGCACGAGUUUCCUCCUUCAGACCAUCAAAAUAGGGGUUUUGGCAGUGUCAAGAGAAGGGACAUUAUCGCCCUGCCAAGGGAAGAUACCAAUCAUGUGCUUGAUGGUGGCUGCGAAGAGACGAGCAGUUUAAACGUUGAUAUUGUCGAUCCGCCCCGCCUUAAUACCUUCUUUCAUGCGCAAAACCACGAUUCACGCGGGUGUGAAUUGUCGGUGUCGCCGCGGUGCGCCGAUGUUGAGGUAUGUCACGCCGACACCAACCCGGUGCCUGAAGUUCCUGAAACACCCCGGUUCACUUGCGAAAGUCCCGGCGGUGCGAGCGUACGCGACAAGGUUGAUGACGGUCUUAUGAGUCGUUGUAUGCUGUAUGAAGGCGAGGAAGGCUUCCUGGAUGUUUCCCGAUCGAAGGCCAAGUACACAUACAGGCAGGCGGCCGAAAUGUCCCCUCCGCAUCUCAACCGUCAAGUGGCCCAAGAUAUUACUUCAAAUACUUUGUACAUCAAGGUCGACAGUGCCCGAUCAAAUUCUACCGGCCGAAAGAGACCAGCGAGCGCUGCUUUGGAGACCGAUGAGGAAGCAAGUGGUCCUCGAACAAGGGCAAGGGCUAGGGCUGAAGCACUUGAAGCAUUCUGUUCAUUGUCCGCUUCCCGCAGUGCUCGACCUUAUUCAGCGGCCGAGGAAGAGGUCUUACAGAACUUGGUGGCUAGAGGACUCGCGUGGAAGCAGAUCGAGAGGGAAUUCGGUCAGCUCUUCGCUAAGAGGACAUUGAGAUCGCUGCAGCUGCAUUGGUCGAGGAACCUGAAGCUCACAGCUUUGCCAACCAGACGUUCAAAGCGCAAGAGGUCCUCCCUGUCGUAA